GCCCCGACGACGCGGGGUAGCAACGCGCUGAGGCGAUGGACGCCGCGGGCCAGCAGGCCUUGCUGAACUACUACUGCCAGGAGGGCUACUUCCAGCAUGUGCGCGCCGCGGCGGAGGAGGCGCUGGGGCGGCUGGGCAGCGAUCCGGUGCUCCUCUUCUACCGGGCCUACGGCGCCCUCAGAGCAGGUGAUAUCCAAGAAGGUAUUCGGCAACUGGAGUCUAUUAAAAAUAAACAGGAGGUAUCACUUUGUACAAUGAUGGCUCUAAUUUAUGCUUACAAAAAGAGCCCUAAUCCAGGUGGUAUCACAGAAGACCUGAACAAAACCUUUUCAGAUCGAGAUGCUAUUCUAGAAUUGGAUGCAAAAAUGAAGGAGCAACGUAAAACUGCUGGACAACAAGCUCUGUACUACGCAGGCUUAUUUUUGUGGCAUCUUGGUCGUGAGGACAAAGCGCGUGAAUAUGUUGACAGAAUGAUCAGAGUUUCUAAUGGUGGUAAAGAGGGAUUGAUUCUAAAAGCUUGGCUUGAUCUCACCUGUGGGAAAGAAACUCAUAUUAAAAAAGCUGUGAAGUACUUUGAUGAAGCACUGCAGGAAGGAAAUGAUGUUUUUGCUCUGCUUGGUAAAGCACAGUACUUUGAGAUCCGCCAGAAUUAUUCAGGAGCUCUGGAAACUGUGAACCAGAUAAUUGCAAACUUUCCAAACUUCCUUCCUGCUUUCAUAAAGAAAAUGAAGCUACAACUAGCCUUGCAAGACUGGGAACAGGCAGUUGAAACAGCACAUAGACUGUUGCAGAAAGAUACUCUCAAUAUAGAAGCCCUAAGAAUGGAGGCCCUGCAUUAUCUGUGUAGGGAAGGAAAUAUAUCUGAGGCUUCAGGAAGACUGGGAGAUCUAAUUGAUGCACUGAACAGAUUGGAACCACAUAAUCCUCAGCUCUGUUGUAAAAUGGCUUUAGCCUUCAGUAGAACAUGUGGCCGCAACCAACUCAUCCUUCAACAUACACAAACCUUAGUUGAGAGAGCAUUUGAUUUGGCAUCUGAUAAUGCAGAAUUGGCUACUGAACUUGGCUACCAAAUGAUUUUACAAGGGAAAGUCAAAGAAGCUUUAAAAUGGUACAAGACUGCUAUGACACUUGAUGAAACAAGCGUUUCUGCAUUAACUGGAAUUAUUCGCUGUCAGCUAACACAGGAGCAGUUAGAAGACGCAGAGCAGCAGUUGGAAUUUCUUAAUGAAAUUCAACAAUCCAUUGGGAAAUCUGGGGAAUUAUCUUUCUUGCGUGCAGUCUUAGCUAUGAAAAAACAUAAGAGACAAGAGGAAGUUAUUCCCUUAUUGAAUGAUGUUCUGGAUACUCACUUCUCGUCUUUGCAUGGUUUUCCUCUUGGUGUGGAGUAUUUUGAAAAAUUAAAUCCCGAUUUCUUGCUAGAAAUUAUUACGGAAUAUCUUAACUUUUGCCCAGCACAGCCUGCAAGUUCUGGGCAGUCGCCUUCACCACUUCUCAAGCAUUGUGCCUCUGUUCUUGAAACUGUGAUAAGAACUGUGCCAGGUCUUCAGCAAGCUGUCUUUUUAAUUGCAAAGGUGAAAUACUUGUCAGGAGAGAUUGAAGCCGCCCAUAAUAAUCUACGUCACUGCCUUGAAAGGAAUCCUUCUUAUGCAGAUGCACACCUACUGAUGGCUCAGGUUUAUCUGGCUCAAAAUAAUACUAAACUGUGUUCUCAAUCCCUAGAACUCUGUCUGAGCUACAAUUUUGAGGUGAGAGAACAUCCUGUUUAUCACUUAAUUAAAGCACAAACCCAGAAAAAGAUGGGAGAGCUAUCAGAAGCUAUUAAAACCUUACAAAUGGCAAGGAGUUUACCUGGAAUGAGGAAACCUACAGCUUCCUCAAAAGCCAAAGCAAAAAGAAUUGAAAUUGAUGCCAGUGAUCGUGUGUCUGUCUUUCUAGAACUAGUAGAAGCUCAUCGUUUGAAUGGAGAACCGCAUGAAGCUGCUAUAGUACUGCAAGAUGCUAUUAAUGAAUUUUCUGGAACUCCUGAGGAACUAAGAGUCGUGAUUGCCAAUGCAGACCUGGCACUUGCUCAGGGAGAUGUAGAACAAGCAUUAACUAUGCUCAGAAACAUUACACCUGAACAGCUUUACUUUGUACAAGCUAAAGAAAAAAUGGCAGACAUUUAUCUUCAGUGCAGAAAAGAUAAGAAGUUAUAUGCUGGCUGCUAUAGAGACCUGGUAGAAAAGCUGCCAAGCGCUCAUACCUAUCUCCUUCUUGGUGAUGCAUACAUGAAUAUCCAAGAGCCUGAUGAAGCUAUAGAAGUCUAUGAGCAGGCCUUGAAGAAAAAUCCCAAAGAUCCAGCUUUAGCAAGUAAAAUUGGAAAAGCCCUAAUCAAAACACAUAACUACUCAAAGGCAAUCAGUUACUAUGAGGCUGCAUUGAGAAGUGGUCAACAGAAUUACCUUUGCUAUGAUUUGGCUGAGCUUUUAAUGAAAUUGAAGCAGUAUGAAAAGGCAGAAAAAGUACUUCAGCAAGCUUUAGAUCAUGAGCCUGUUAAUGAAUUGCCUUCUCUGAUGGAAGAUGGACGUUACCAGACUCUUCUGGCAAAAAUUUACAGCAAAAUGGAUAAGAAUGAUGAAGCUAUUGUUUCCUUACAACAGGCUCGGGAAUUACAAGCCAGAGUACUUAAACGGACUCAAAUAGAACAGCUGGAUGCAGUUCCUGCACAGAAACAGUUAGCAGCUGCAAUUUGUGCUGAGAUUGCAAAACUUUCUACAGCCCAGCGAAACUAUGAAAAAGCAAUUAAAUUUUACAAAGAAGCUCUUGUUCACUGUGAAACCGAUAACAAGGCAAUGAUGGAACUUGCACGUUUAUAUCUUGCACAAGAUGAUACUGAUGCCUGUCAACACCAGUGUUCAUUGUUACUCAAGAAUGACCAAGAUAACGAGGAAGCUACAAUGAUGAUGGCUGAUAUCAUGUUCAGGAAGCAAGAUUAUGAACAAGCUGUCUUUCAUUUUCAGCAGCUCCUAGAACGCAAGCCAGAUAAUUAUGCAACCCUUUCACGAUUAAUUGAUCUGUUAAGAAGAGCUGGGAAGCUAGAAGAAGUCCCAAAAUUUCUUUUAAUGGCUGAGAAACAUUCUUCCAGAACAAAACUUGAACCAGGCUUUCAGUACUGCAAAGGACUAUAUCUCUGGUAUACAGGUGAACCAAAUGAUGCACUCCGCCAUUUUAAUAAAGCUCGAAAGGACAGUGACUGGGGACAGAAUGCUGCUUAUAACAUGAUUGAAAUUUGUUUGAACCCAGAUAAUGAAACUGUAGGGGGUGAAGUUUUUGAAAAUUUGGAUGCUGACAUAGGUAAUUCAACAGAGAAGCAGGAAUCUGUGCAGUUGGCAGUGAGAACAGCAGAAAAUCUUCUCAAAGAACUCAAGCCACAGACUGUUCAGGGUCACAUUCAGUUGCGAAUCAUGGAAAAUUACUGUCUCAUGGCAACCAAACAGAAAUCAAAUGUUGAACGAGCCCUGAACACCUUCACUGAAAUUGUAGUGGCUGAGAAGGAUCAUAUACCAGCACUUUUGGGAAUGGCCACAGCCUACAUGAUCUUAAAACAAACUCCACGAGCCAGAAAUCAGUUGAAACGAAUUUCAAAAAUGAAUUGGAAUCCCAUUGAUGCAGAGGAGUUUGAAAAGAGUUGGCUUUUGCUUGCUGAUAUAUAUAUCCAAUCUGCAAAAUAUGAUAUGGCAGGUGAUUUAUUAAAACGAUGCCUUCGUCAUAACAGGUCAUGUUGCAAAGCAUAUGAAUACAUGGGAUACAUAAUGGAAAAAGAACAAGCAUAUAGGGAUGCAGCAAUAAAUUAUGAAAUGGCCUGGAAAUAUGGGAACCAAACAAAUCCAACAAUAGGAUACAAGCUUGCUUUUAAUUACCUGAAAGGAAAGAGAUACGUUGAUGCAAUUGAUGUUUGUCAUAAGAUCCUUGAAGCACACCCAAACUAUCCAAAGAUCAGAAAGGAAAUACUUGACAAGGCCCGUGCAUCAUUAAGAAAUUGAAUUUUGUUCGUGUGGCUCACUGAUUUGUGUGUAUGUGUUUAAUCUGACUUUGGAGAUUAUGAAUUAGAUACUGUAGUGACAAAAGGCAUAUUAGCACAAGAGAGUUGGAAAUAUGAAGAAUUUAAAUUGUAUUAGAGAUCUAGAUUAUUUUCAAGAAAGAAAAAAUCUGCAGCCCUGAGAGGAAUUUUAUUUGUUUUUUAUUCAGCAAAGGAGUCUUUUUAUACACAAGGAUUUACUAUAUUAAUAUCAAAAAGUAUGUUCAUUAUAAUUUUUGAAGUUAGGAAUCUAGAUGACAAUUGUGGAUAUUUUUGAUGUUUCAAUAGAUAGUAUAUUUAUGCACAAAUAACGAGAUCUGUAAUACUCUUACAAGUGGCAGAGGUAAUAUGUCAUCCAAAACUAAAAAUAACAAAUGUGAAAGCCAUGAACAUCUCUACAGAAUACUGCCUAAAUGUAUUUUAGACAAAAUAAUUCACCCACAGUUAGGGCAUUAGUGUAGAUUCUCUGUCUUCAUUUAUUAAGAUGCUGAAUUUCCAUCCUAGCAAAUCAUUUAUUUGGAAUAACAAUGUGAUCUUUAUAUUAUUACUUCGAGUAUAUUUCCAAAUUGUGUGUGUGUGUAGUGGGUUUUUUUAACAUAUUUUUAAGGAUGCUUUAUUUUUUUUAAUGUUAAAAUCAGUAAUCGUUGUCUCAAACCUACUUUUUUAAAGAAAACCUAGUGUUAAAAUUCUCUUGUAAACUUUCAG